AACAGUUGUCGAAUCGACUCUACCAUAUCUACUCGUAUUUUAUCGAAACCGUCGUGUUCGUGACUUGAACGCGGGUGAUAUUGGAAAUUUAUUGUGUGUUUCUGUGUUUAUAUAUGUUGUUUGUGUUAUCAAUCGUGCGUUAUGGUGUUUUUGUGUGAAUAACGUGAAACUACUUUAGGGUAACAAUGUCUAGUAGUUGACAUGUUUAUCUGUGUCGUGUGUGAAGAUUUUCCCUUGGCGUGAGGAGGUGCGGUGCGCUAGUGUGCGCGCUGGCGCCCGUGUGCGUGCCGCGGCCGUAGUAAGCGGCGAUCCAAUGAUGGAUUGCAUUUCCAUGGAUGUGUAGGAUGUGAGCGCCUUCGUCAGUCCAUCAAUGACGGUAACAUUCAUAUGACCACAGUGGACAAUGCGGUCACAAGCUUCUAAAACCUUACCUAAGAAAGGGGCUACAGGAAAAACAGCCGUCAAGGGUAAAUCAGCUACUAAAUCUAUAAAAAAGAGAGCUAUCACGCCAAAAAAGGUUCAAAAUUUACAAAAAUCGCUUUUAAAGAGUGCUAAGAAAAAUACUCAAAAAGAUCAGAAAGAUGAAGUUUCGAGUUCAACGAGCAGUGCAGCUCCUGCUGUUGAAGAGACGAAAGAGCAAACUGGGGAAGCAAAAGAAGAAACAUCAAAAACUAGUCAACCAAGAAGUAACUCGCCAACGAAAAAGCUUAAAAAGGAGCCAAAAGAAAAGAAAGACGAGGCUAAAAAUACCCCAAGCAAUAUAAACACCAAAGCUACUGCACCCAAAAAAUGCGUUAGGGUCCCUAAAAUAACAAAUUCUGGAGAGAAAAUUGAUAAUGUUGACGGUAACAAUGAUGAUGUAAAGUACAAAAUAAAUGUAGAUUCAUUGAAAAAAAAUCAAAAUUCUUCUAAGAUAAAGCCUGUAAAUAAAAAAGCACAAACUCCCAAAAAGAGAGGAGCCAAUGUUACAAAACUUGAGUCACAAGAUAAGGAAACGAUAUUGGAAGAAGACAAAAAUAAAGAGGACAAACAAAGUGACAACAAUGAUAACAACACUUCUAAUAAUACCAAAGCAGAUACUUCUGUCGAUAUAUCAAAAGAAAUUGAAAAUGAGACUAAGGUUCAAGAAAGUGUUGAAAGUAAUAAAAGUGUUGAUAAUUCACCGCCAAGCAGUAGUACGUCGUGUAGUACUUCAUCAAGGAGUCAAGUAGAAAUGCCUAGAACUGAAUCAGAACGUCCUCUUAAAUUUUUUACUUCAAGCCGGUCCCCUAGAACUGUUGAUAUAGAUGUGAAGUGUUGUAAAUAUUCAAAAGGCAAUGUAAGUGCAUCGGAAAGAUUCUUACCCAUGAAAUGUGAAACAAAAAUUGAUGAACACAAUAAAGAAAAAAGUACAUCUAAUCACCUAGUGUCACAAGGGUCUGAAUUUGAUGUUUAUACUUUUACAGAUAAAGUUGAUUCACCCAAGAGCAUCUUGUCGGAUUAUCGUAAUACGAACAACAAAAGCAUAGGCAGAGUACGGCCUAUAGCUCGGGUUAAGGGGACAAUUGUUGAUAAGAAAACUGAUACCGAAAGAAAAAAAUAUUCUCCACAUAGACCCAUUGAAGAAGUAGUUAAACAACUAAAGGCAAACAAGCGGUCAGAGGGUUCAACUUCUGGUCAAAGGCCAGCCGGUGAUCGAGUUUCUGACGCAGAAUUUAAUGUCGGUAAUGUUGGAGACAAACCGCAACCUAUUGUGAGUAAAUCGUACAAAAUGGUAGCGCGUAAAUCGAGCAUUACAGGAAAACCAUUUAGCCCUAUCAAAUUUUUUGAUCACGAAUCUUCCUCUCCAAAAAGUGAGACAUCGUCUUCCCCCGUAAAAGUAAACGCAAAGCAGACUUUAUUAAAGAAGCAGCAAAAGCAAAGUAGAUUAUCCGAUAAAGACAUCGAUAAUUCUAAAUUUUCGUUGAGAAAGAAAUCUCUUAGUUAUAGUUCAUCAGAAGAAAGUGUAAAUGAUUCUAAUGAUGACAAUGAAUCUAAAGAAUCAUCUGGAUCUGAUAGUCCUAAAGCCAAAAAAACAAAAAAUAAAAAAUUCAAACGAAUUACAGAUAGUCAGAAAAAACCUACGUCAAAAGAAUUAAAAGAACUAUCGAAAGAUUCUCUUGUUGAUCUCAAAGAUAACUUUUCUGUAUUGUGUAAUGAAAAGCCAAGCAAAAGGAGACUAAAGUUAUUGUCCAUGUGGGCAGGACCUAAAAAACAUAGAAUGGCUUCUUUAAAUGCUAUAGCUAAAGUUCACUGUCUAUACGAAAAUGAAAGCAGAACUCAUAUGGAAUUAGGUUUAAUGAAGACGGUGGACCGUCAACCAAUGCCGAGUACGUCAAAAACGUCAUAUAAUAAAAAGAAAGAGAAGUCAAAAGAUGUGGAGAAACAAGACAGCACCUCAGAAUCUGAAUACGAAGUCAGAAACGACAAAAAAGAAGAAAGUUCUGAAAGUUCCGAUGAUAAUUUACCACAAAGGACUUUGCGUGGAGUUCCCGGUAUUAGAAGUGCAGGUAAAUAUUGGGAUCCUAAAUCAUCUACGUCUUCCAGCGAGGACAGCGAAAUAGAACAAAAACCGAAGACACCUGAAAAAAAGAAAACCAUUUCAAAGCCUCCUAUUCCAAAACCCGACAAUGACAAAUCCACUAAGCAGAAGAAGACAACUGGUAUGUCUGUUAAGAAGAAACGUAACAGAAACGAAGUUGUCAUGGAUUUAAAGGAUAUGGUCGUGCAGAAACGUAUGGCUAGCUUAAAUGCCACGGCAAUUUUGGCAGCGAGCUAUGAAAAGCGUUCUCCUAAAUCAAGCAAAGAUGAAACUACUUCAGAUUCUGGUAGUGAUGAAUCAUUUACUCAUAAAUCAAAAAACGUGAUCGUGGCCGGCGUAAAAUCGGAGCUAAAAAAUGAAGAGACUAAAAAAGACGUUGAGGACACUACAGUUACUGAUAGGAAGCAGAAAGUUGAAGUAAUUGUUAACCAAGAAUCGGACGUAACAAUAACCGGGGUAUACUCAACACAUCAUCACGAAGGUUUUUGCACUGUUUCCGGAAUGCAAUACCGUAUAUCGUCUACAAGUCACACCCAGACGACAGCGACGGCCAACUGCGAGAAGGAGGGAUGUCCCCGUGAGGAAGGGUCCCGUUAUACGCCUUUAUCUGCACUAUCGUCUAUGCAACCGCCUGCGGAACAUCCUCAUACACAUCCACAUCCUGUUCCGGAGUUGGGCGGUCUCUCUCGCCGCGCUGGCUGUUCCAGUGCGUUCUCAGCGCCCUCGCCUUCCGCACAUCAUGAUCCAGGAUAUUACCAGCCCGCGGGACCGCUGAUCAAGGAGAGCGGCGCCGAAGCAGACAGGGCUCUUGGCAGAUAUCAUCCUGCGCCACACUACCACCCGCCGCAUCCAUCGAUGCUGCAGCAGUACGGUCCGCCACCGUACUAUCCCGCGGAGCUAUGCUAUGGGCGGUACUACCGGCCGCCCGGGCCCUACCACAUCCCGCCGCCACAGCCUGAUGCUCCGAUGGUGGGCGUGGGCAGCGACCCGUACCCGCCGCCCCAAUACUACGGCUCGCCACCCUGCUACCAACACUCACCACAAAGGAUACCGUACGUCGAGUAUCGUGGAUGCCCGUGCCCAUUAAACGCGUGUCCAAAAAACGUCCUUAUUGGGCCCGCUACUGGUAAAGCCCCAGCCGGUGGCGGCCCCGCCGACGUCCUCGCUCUUGCGCCGCCCGGGGGCGCCUUCCGCGCGAAGGUGCGGGCCUGCGCCCUCGACUCCGCCGCCGACACGCACGGCAGCGGCAAGGAUCCACCGUUAGAGCCGGAGCCGCCCGCCGCGGCCGACGCUCCUCAUCCUUGUCCGCUGCCGACUAUCGGCGGUGCGUCGCCCAAACGUGAACUGUUCGACGUUCGCGACAACCUGCACCGCGCCGGGGAUAUGCCCAACCCCGCCGAGGCUCUCGGCCCGCCCUCGCCGGCCAGAGGGUCUGCGGGAGCCUGCGCGCCCCAGCCUCCGCCCGUCGCGCCCAGGCGAGCCAGGCUCGGCAAAGCCAUGGCCAGGCGGACUCUGGCGGGCGACGACACGGGCUUUCUCUUGUCGACGCCUCAGCAACCGACGCCACAUAGUGACGUCGAUGAUGACGUACUCGCCAUCUCUCCCCCGAUUUGUGUACCUAUAGACCUAUCGUCAUCGGACGAACGAUCGACGCCUCUAGUCGACGUAAAAAAAGAGAACGAAGGCCCCACGUACACACCACCGAGGAAGGUCGAAGCGCAAGCUCUCAGGGAACAUAACAGCACGACGGCGCUUCCCGAAAUACCAGAUUUAACGGAGGCCAAUAAAGCCGUUAAGAGAAGGUACUCGAAGCCCAAACUUGAAAUCGAUAUAAGAGAUAUACAACUGGAUGAUGCGUGUAAAACUAAUGGAAUCGGGGAACACGUAAAACUACAAAAAAGAAGAAAAGUAUCAGACGACCACACCGAUGUUGUUAGGAUAGAAACUGUUACAAAGGAAGCUAAAAAGAAAACGACUCCCAGUACAAAGAGAACGCCCAAGUCGCCGCCCGCAGAGAAAAAGAAUCUUAAAAGAAAAUUAGAGGACAUGGCUAACGGGCCUAAAGCAAAAAAAGCUCUUAUCGAAACGAUAAAUGACGAUCCCCGCCUUAAAAAUGUAGCAGCUGUUGCGGAGGAGCCGUGUAUAAAGAAGUCAAAAACAAAAAGUGCACUUCUUCUUGACAAUUUAAUAAGAAAAAACAGUAUCGAUGGCAAAGGUUACGCGUCCGACAAGGAGUUAAACCCCGCAGAGUUAUUUUUGUCACCGAACGAAAACGUUGCACAAAACGUAACGAAGAAAACUUUAAAUAUUAAUAAUAACAUUGUUGAAAAUACCUCACCCACGAAUGGAGUGCGGCCGAAAACGAUAGCCGCCGUUAGCCAACUCAUAGAAAAGAAACUGGCGUAUAAGAACGCUUGUAAAAUUGACUCAAAAAUCACGCACAAUUUGAAAUCAGUAUUAAAAUCGCCCACCGAUACAUCAAACUUAAGUGAAGAACAUACGAGUAAAGUUCCAUUAAACAACGGUGCAAACUCAGACAGUAAAAUUUUUGAUAAAUGUGAAUCAAUAUUAAUUGAAGACAAAAAUGAAAAAGACAGUAGCAACGACGGUAUCACCAAUGGAGAUGUAGACAAGGCUGUGAAAACGUUAAAAAUCAAUAAGAACAAACCUGCAUCAAAUCAAAUGGAAACAAGUCUUAAGACCUUAAGUGACAUUACCAGUAGUGUCGAUGAAUCUCAGUGCAAAGCCAGUAAAUUACAGGAUCAAGAAGAGAGGGCGAAAGACCUCGAGGAAACUUUAAUAGCAGACAAAAUGUUAAAGAAACCUAAAUCGACUAUAGAAAAACCUAACGGGGAACUCAAAAGCAAGAACGUCGAAAAAGUCGUCAAGUUGCUGGUUUCAAAAAAACAAGCGAAAUCUAAAAAAGUAGACGAACCGCCGUCAAAUGAGAACCAGAUAGAGCAAAUAGAAGAGAAGACGAAAAAUGAAAAGCCAGGGAAACGAUGUAAACUAGGUAUGGAUAAGGAAUCAAAAGGGAAGAGCGUGGAAAAGUUAGCAAAGCUGCUAGUGUCGAAAAAAACCGCUUUGAAGAUGGACGAGGCGACGUUGCUGGUGGAGGCGGCGUGCGCCUCGCCCACACCCAGGGCGCGCGGCGGCCGGCGGCGGCGCAGCGGGGGGCGGCGCGCCCGCCGGGCCCCCGCGCCCCUCACACCCCUCGCGCUGCAGCCGCGCCCCCCGCGCGCGCCACCGCGCUGGAGCAACGGCUGGAACUGGGACGGCGAACACUACGUAUCCAAAGUCUACCUCAACAACGACUCUCGACUGGACCGCACGGCGCGGUGCUGGGCGCGCAUGUGGCACGCGAGCGGCGACCGCGUGGCGCGCGGCGACUGCGUGCUGCUGCGCGCUUCACUCGCGCGCGCUCAGCCCUUCGUCGCGCGCGUCGCCAGCCUCUGGGAGAACCCCGAUGAUGGCGAGAUGAUGGUGUCCCUGGUGUGGUACUACCGGCCGGAGCACACGGAGCGCGGCCGGCAGGCGGACGACGCGCCCGACGAGGUGUUCGCCUCUCGGCACCGAGACGCCAACUCCGUCGCCUGCAUAGAGGACAAGUGCUACGUCCUCACCUUCAACGAGUACUGCAGAUAUAGAAAACGGCUAAAAGCAUCAGAAGAGGGCAUAACGAUGGCGCCGUCCAUAGUGCCACCGCUGCCGGCGGGCGAGGUAACGCCGACUUUGGCGCCCAACGACACGAAGCUGCCGCCCUCCGUGUCACCGGAACUGGUGCUCUUCUGCCGUAAGAUAUACGACUUCAGGUCCAAGAAGAUACACAUGCCCAACAAAUGAGAGCACGCGGCUCCACACAUUGCUGCGAGUUUAUUUCACCUCGAUACGGAUUCGUCUUACGUUUGGGCGACGACAAAAAUUAUGCUGAUCUGGGAGCUAGUAAGUUCCAAUCACCGGAGUGAAGACUUGGAAAAGUGAAUACCAAAGUCGAUUUUCACAUUCGAUCAAUUUUUUGACGACAUCGAUGAUAAAAAGUUCAAUCUAGUUGGUGUCGUCAGGUCCGCUUCAUUGUUGGACUUUAAAGUUAUUGAUGUAUUAAUAGUGUCACCAUCCCCAUCCCCCAAUUAGUACAAAUACACAUGUAGUUGCCCCUGUGGUACUUGAAGCCAAGUUAUAUUUGUAUUUAAGAGCCGAUUGAUUUUUAUGUUGCCUGUGUCGUGAUUUGUGGUAGAUAAAAUAUCCCGUGUGAUUAAUUUGCUGAAUUCCUGAUAACGUCGGAUUAUCAAAUAAAUAAUUUUUAUCAAUGGAUGCCUUUUAUAAAGUGUAAGUAGUCGUAAGAGUCGUAAAGCAUAAUGUGAAUAGAAAUAUGUUUGUUUUGCUUUUUGGGGUAAUCUAAGUCCUUGCUAUUAUCGAUUUGGUAGACUGAGAAUCGUGUGCUCGGGGACUUAUUUUGCGUGACUGAUUCUCGUAGUUUUACAGCUGCAUAGACACUAUAAAGCAUUUAUUUCGAUACGACGUCUUUCCUUUUAUUAUUGUAGAAUCUGUAUUAAAUUAUUAUGUUUUUUUUUUAUAAUUUUGUUGCAGUAACUGUUUUACACAUUCGAAUAAAUCACGUAGAAUACUGCAAUAUGUGCGUUGAUUUAGAACUAGUACAGAUUGAAAUCCCAAAGAUAAAUGUUAUAUACAAACUCAAUGAAUUCAUAAAUAUUUAUCAAAAACUGGGAUAAUUUCUUAUGUAUACUGGUUAUAAUAUCAUCGCAAUAGUGUUAGAAUUAACAUUAGUUAAAUCCCCUGCGUGUUUUAUUCAUUGGCGAAAUCAUUUAUUUUG